UUCCUCUAAAAAUCAUAAGCAUGUUUUCUUUGAAAAUCGAACUACUGUAAAAUUUAAAGAUUUCUUGAUACUUGAAAUUAUUCAUGGUCUCAUGGGAACCAGAACACUUGGCAGCUAGUCAUGGAAAUAUUAGUUUUAAGUAGGCAGUAGUCAUGAAGAGCCCUGGGAUGAUGGAACAACUUUUACUAACUUUUUUCCUCCUCAAUCCUGUUUUUGGAUCAGAGGGCUCUGCAGGAUUGUUUGAAGAAAAGUGUUCUGAGGCAGUUCUUCAAAUACGAGAAGAGAAAACUAGGUUCAACCGAACUAUUCAGGGUGUUGGAGAAAAAAUAACCGUGGGCUCAACUUUAUUUCUGAUUGUUGUACUUGCCGCUGCAGCUAUAUUGAUCUCGCUUGCCUUCGACAAGAUACAGGGAUGGCUGUAUCAGCUUCCCGUAACACUUGACAGUACCUUUGAUGCCGGAGGCGAGACCAGUUCAGGACUUAUCAUCAUUAACAACAUGUGUCAGAAGACAAACAUGGGAACCAUUCUGGGAAGCUCUGUUCUUCUUUUCCAAUAUGGUCUAUCAGGAACAUACUGGUACUCUAUAGGAGGUGGGGUGCAGGUUAUGCUGUUCUCCUAUCUAGGAUAUGCCAUGAAAAUUAGAGCCCCUGGAGCUAAAACCAUAUGCCAGUUUAUUGGAGUUGAAUAUGGGAAAAAAACACAUAUUCUGUUUAUUACCAUCUGCCUGUUCCAAAAUUUUGUGACUUUUGCAGCUCUUUUAGUAGAAGCCACAGUUGCAUUAAAUGCCAUGGUUGAUGACCUAAGACCUGAAUUCUCUUCUAUGCUCCUUGCUCUUCUUAUUGGAGGAUACACUAUUGUUGGUGGACUUGGGGGAACAUUUUAUGUGUGUUAUGCCAAUACAGUUCUUUUAUUUUUUCUUAUCCUCCUGCUCCAAAUCAUAGUUUAUUUAAAUCCAGCAGCUAUUGAACAGGAAACAUUUGGAAACAUUUCUACUCUGUAUGAGCUGGUUGAAUGUUGGGAUCCAGGCCAUACUAACUCAAGUCUACUACAAUUUGGAUCAGACAGCAACUGGAAAUUUGGAUUCACAAAUUUCUUUUAUAGCUUUGGAUCAACUUUUCUGGAUCAAGGUGUUUGGCAAGGGGUUAUUGCUGCCAAACCUGCUGAUGGUGCUGUUUUCGGGUUUAUUGGAGGAGCACUUGUAUGGAUGGCAAUUGCUUUAGGUCUCGGGACAACAUCUGGUGUGGCAUAUGCUGGCUUAUGCUCUUCCCAAGGGUUUUCCAUACUAGCAGAUGAAGAAGUAAAUUCAAAUCUCAUAUUGCCAUUGGUUACUUCAGUGUUGAUGGGCAGCACAGGUUCAUAUCUACUAUUUAUCAUAAUGCUCCUUGCUGUAAUGACCACUGGUAGUGGACAAGUCAUAGCAAUUUCCUCUAUCAUAGUAUAUGAUAUCUACAUUCCUUAUAUACAACCUUAUAGAAAACAUCUCCCAACAAACUAUUGUCUUAUUUGUCAAAAAAAAUUUGAAAAUAACUCCCAAGAGGCAUUUAAGGAAGAAGUUUGUGACUGUGUUUGCAUAAAAAACUGUCUUGAUUGUGGAGAAGAUCAGAAAAGCAUUAGCAAAGCCCGUAAAUCCAAUGAUCUUGUUCUUCCUCAUUAUAAAUGUGAAGACCAUAAAGAUUUUAGAGUUUAUGAGGAGACUAUGCUGAAGUUUUCAAGUUGGGUUGUAGUAGUAACAACAUUAUCUUCAGUACCUAUAAUAUGGCCUUUAACCAGUAUAGGGAAUAGCUACAAUAUCAACCUUGCAAACAUUUUUGUAGUAUGCAAUGUUUUUAUCAAUGGACAAUGGAUACCUUUGACCCUAGCAAUACUAUGGAGCGGGACCAAGCCAUCAGGACUUAUUGCUGGUAAUGUCUGUGGAAGCUUUUUUGGUUUACUUGGAUGGUUGAUUACUGCGACUACUGACCAGAAGGGGUUGACACUUGAAUCUGCAGCAUCACAAGAUUCUGUACUGGUUGGCAGUAUAGUUGCAAUGACAUCUUCCCUCCUAAUAACUGUAAUUGUUUCCUUAGUAGCUAGAAAUGGACCUAAGCGAUCUGAAAACUGGGAGAAGACUUUAAAUAUAGUCAAUCCUUUGACACCUUGGGUUGCAACUUAUGCAAAAGAUCUUGGCUUUAUUGGACAAAGGCGUUAUAUUGAUCUUCCCUCUGCUGACAUCAUGAAGAAAGCAUUCCGAAUUUGGGGGUAUAUAGCUCUUGGAUCAUCAAUCGUAUUGACUUUUAUACUUUUGAUUGUAAUACCACUUAGUCUUGAAACUGAAGCAUUUAGUCUGACUCAAUUCCACAACUGGACCAACUUCUGUGUUGCCUGGACAAUAUUUGCAACAUGUCUAGGUGCUGUUCUACCCUCAGCUCAGCUAAUAUACGAAAUCUACUUUGAAAAAUUCAAGAAGAAAACAGAAGACAUGCUAACAUUAAAGACACCAAUAAGUCUUGAUGAUUGAAAUUCAACAACAGAAUAUUAUGGAAAAAUUUCAAUUUUACAUUUCCAGAUGGAGUCAAUACACAUUGCACAUAUUUAGUGGUAGUGCAUCAGCUUAAUUUAAAAAACCUUUAUUUAGGAAGUUCUAAGAAAAAUUUACAACAGUGGCCCUUUAAUUAAUUCUAUAAAAGUGAUUAACUAUUUAUUUACCUUUCAAAAAUAAAUUUUUAAAAUCUCCA